AUGAUCAUGGGCAAGUCCUGCCUUCAAGAAGAAGAAGAAGAAGAAGAUGAUGAUGAUGAUGCUGCUGCUGCUGCUGCUGCUGCUGCUGCUGCUGAUGAUGAUGAUGAUGAAGAUGAUGAUGAUGAUGAUGAUGAUGAUGCAAACCAAUAUGUUAUUACCGAAAAAGACAAGGGGGACUGGUCGAUAACAACAUUCUGCCUACAUCAUGCGCCGCUAUGCGGCUGCUGGUUGGGCUCGAAAGAGACCCCGUAA